AUGAACUUUGUGAACACCUACCUGCUUCUUCCACUGCAGCGUAAGAUUUUUAAGAACUUCGGCCACUAUGACUACCAGACGAGCACAUUCCACCUCAACGAGGAGCGGGUAAAUGAGGUCUUCUUCGACCCCGCUUAUAACCCGUUUGUCGACGUGCUGCGCGAGACGUCGCACGCGUCGGCAGUCGCGUCAUCCAAGGCGGCGGCAGCGACGGCACAGCAGCAGCAACACCUGCGCUCCUUCUCUCCCAGUGUGCGAAGACGGAAUACCACAAACGAUGCCGAUGCUGGUCUUCAAGUGUCUCCACCGCCACCAAGAGAACCCUGGAUUGGACCAGGCCCCAAUGAAGCCGCAGCGGUGACUGUGGCGGAAGAGGCGAGGAGGAAUAAGGAGCUCCCUGCCAGCGCACCACGCAGCCCAUCAGUGCGACUACUCAGCGGGAAGAUUCGCUCCGCCGGGCUUGUGUCGUUCCUACGCCGAGUCACGACGCAAAAGUCGUUGACGGUUGAGUCUAUAGAUUUGGUCUUUGAUGUGGCCACCACGACGAUUGCCAAGUCAACGGACGGCUUUCCCACGGACACUCCGUCUCUAGCCACCCAGUCCAUGGGUGUACCGCAGGAUUCGGAGGACGAUACCGUACAUCAGCGGGACAGUGCACCUCUCCCGGAUCCAGCAGCAGCAGCGCUGGGGCUGUCUCUUGAGGAGGAAGACGAAUACACGACCCCUACGAUGCAGCACCUGUUCUCAAGGCGUCUUCGACGCGACGAGGUGGGGACACUGGCACGAUCGUACUCCAUUGAGGAUCAUUCAUGUCUAUGCAACAAAGCGGGCGAUCUAGGUAGCUCACCCGACGCGGCAGGGGAGGACUUUGGCUAUUUGGACGCAGGCUCCGGGUCUCGAGGCGCUGAGGGCGAUACGAGGCCAGUAAGCCCCAAAGAAGGUUCUACAACGCAGUUUCACACCGUCGGGGACCUGAUGACGUACCUUAAACAGCAGCUGCAAGGCGUGGCGGUAGGCGUGGAGGAGGUGCGCCUCACCUUCUGCGUCCCACCCGCUGGUGCCGCCGGGUCACUUCUGUGCAGCACAGACUCCGAGAACCACUGCAGUGGACGACCACAUGGAGCUGCGCGGCCAAGUGCCAUGGGGGCACAGCUGCGCAUGCGCAGUGGUACACGUGUCCUGCAUCUGUCGUGUCGUCGAGGACUGCGCUUCACAGUGGACGAGUCCACCGGGGCGGCUGUGGAGGAUAUGCAAUGCACGGCGAGCAUACAGGAUUGGCAGUGCUAUGUUCACGUGAUGGCCGAUGAUGGCCCGCUGCCAUCGGAGUUCUCCCUGGAUGACUUAGUCCUCGCGACGUCUACAACAUUCACCGCAGGUGAUACAGGGCAGUCACUGAGGUCAUCAGCGAGGGAUGACAGCGAGUCCGCUGUGGGGGUACCCUUCACAGUCCGUGUUGCCCGGCGAGGUGCCAGUGCGGCUGCCGACGCCGGUACUACUUCGCCUUCCCCUCCGCUGGUGUCUACUGGUGUGCCGCCGCCGCCAAAGGUUCUUGUCGAAGUGGACGCCGCAGAAGGCUGGAGCGUUGUUCUCUCUGCAGUGCAGAUGGCGCACCUGGUGGACAUGGUGAAGCAGGUAAUCGGCGACACGACGGGUUCUUGCGGUGACCCGGUCUCUGCAGGCAGCUUUUCUGCAUUCUCUUCGGCUGUGGAACUCCCCAGAACAACGACAGAGCUGGAGAAGCAAGUAGCGGCGGCGCCACUACAUUCUGGUGAGGCCGUCACUGCCUCCGCCUUGACCGCCACACAGCUGCGCGCCGCCGCCAAGUAUGUGAGCGUGCAUUGUGGUGGGUGCUCUAUCAGUUUACUGACACAGUCCGUCGUCGACACCAACGCUGUGGCGUGUGCGUGGCGUUGCGCGCUUUCCUCACAGCAGCUAGCCCUUCUCGACCCACGGACGUACGACCCAUUUCAACAACGGACUGCUGGCUUAACCCUGCCCGUGUACGAGGCCCUCACCACGGCACAUUUCACGUAUGUCAUGCGUGAUGUGGACGUACUAUUUCCAAACAUCGAUGCGGAGGCGCCCCUCUCGCCCUCCACGUCGCUGCUGAGUGCCAGUGGCGUUUUUCAGCAAUCUGCAAGGAAGCGGAAAAUUUACCGACGGAUCUUUGACAACAAGCUGGCCGACCCUGCCGUGACAGAGCAGCUUGCCAGAGCGCACACUGCUGCAACCAGCUUCAACAGCGGCAGCGGUGCGAGUUUCUUCCUUGGGGUUGGAUCCAUUUCGUUCUUGGAGUACCGCCACGCCACCGCCGCCGCCUCCGGGCAACGCAACGCGACGUUGCCUUAUUCGUCUUCCAACGCUAACGUAAGUGCGGCACCGUUCUUGUCGCCCUCGCUGGGGCACUCGGUGCGUCCUGCGAAGCUCAUGCACGCUGAGCGCAGUCCAUACGCCUUGGUCAUUUUCCACCGUUCCACACCGCCACUUCCGGAGCAAGUGUCUAGCGCGGGAGUAUUAGUUCCACCACCACCACCCUGCUUGCAUAUCUACCAGGAGACUAUUGCCGUUGGUGUGGCCAACAUUUCUGUCCAACUCGACCCAGGACUGGUAGAAGUUCUCACGAUGUACGGCACCACUGUUGAAGAGCUGAUCCGCCGGAUGGGUUGCGCAGGGCAGGGGUGCAAAGGGGAACCAAAUCGCACUGCUGAGGCUCUGACCGGCGCAACAGGCUCGUCAGCUCGUCAGCUCUCUUCGCCGCCAUUACCAACACCGUCCCCGUCACCCAUGACCCGCACCCGCAGCUCCGUCAAGGUGCUUCUGGAGAGUGUCGAUGCGUCGAUUCGGUUCCCACUCCAGACGAACAGGGCCACAGCCUCUUCGGAGCAUCCACUCGAUCUUGUUGAUGGCGCCUCGGCGCCUACCACAUCCCCCGCCUCAGCUGCAGGCGCGCCGCAAUCGUUGCUGCUUGCGCGUCUUCUGCAGCGCUUACGAGAGUCAAGCUUGGAUGCCCACUGUCAUAACCGGGCACUCCUCCGCCGCCAUGCGCGGCAAGCGAGGUGCGACGAGAGCGGCAUCGCGACAUCACCGACGACGGCAAAGCUGGCCGAGGUGACGGUUGACUCAAUGAUCGCUGUGCAGGAGGAGCUGGGGUUUCCCGAGGACGUCGAUAGGCGAGCGCGCUUCCUGCCUGAGUUGCUGCGCUUUUCGCUGCGCGACUUGCAGGUGGUGCACACACCAUCCGCGACUACGGUCUCUCGCGGGGUCGACGUAGCAGCUCCCACGGCGGCGGUUUAUAGGCCCGCCAGCACGUCCGUCAAAUGGCGUGAGGCGGUCGUAUAUUUGCAGGAUAUCCUGGAGCAGACCAAGUCGGAGCUGUUUCGAGUAGACUACAGUCACGAGAUGAACAUCAACGUGACGCACACCAGCCUCCCUGGCCUUGCUGGAGGCGCCUGGAGAGCUUUGAAGCGCGUUCUGGCGCUGCAGGUACGGCUCGGUGAGAUCACAACGACUGCGCUAACGCAGGACGACUAUCUGCUCGCUACUCACUACGUGAAUGAGUUGCUGUUGACGCUGUCGCGGUGCCGCCAGCGCCUGCACGCCUGCAGGGUAGCUGCUGCGGCAAGAGAGCCAGCCAGCAGCGCAUCACCGGGUGGCCAAGCCACUAUGGCAGCUGUGGUCUCUGUGCAGUCAGCCGGUCUACUGGUCCCCGACGAAGCGGGGGCAGCAUCGAUGGAUGUCUCGGAUGUAAGCCGGUCUUUGAACAUGUCUGGAGACGGCGUACGACCUAUCGAGUGCCGUGAAGAGUCCUUCAAGCAUCCUGCCGGCACCGUCGCAGAAGCCUUCGCCAUGGCAGAUGCACGGACCGCGGACAGGGGUUCUGUCGGAGCGAGGGUGAGCAAGCGCGUGGCGAGCGUAGACAUUCAGGAUAGUACUUCGGGGCCCAAACCUCAAGACAGCGGCAGCGGCUGUGAUGGUGGUACCACAGGUUCGUUGAGGAAUGUCGUUCCAGAACUGUGGCGUCUCGUGGACACGACGUGCACAUCACUUGACGUGCACAUCAGUCGCAUUCGUCUGGGACUCUUCGCGCCUCGUCUCUCACCGAUGGGUCAGGUGGUCGGGGAGCCGCUCUACCGGUGUCUCCCGAAGGCUCAGCGGCGCUGCCUGGUCGACCUAAACUGCCUCUAUCACCUUUACAUAAUGGAACUUGUUGACGUGUCUGUGCGCGGGCUGAGUGGCGACGGCGCCCUCGUCAAUGCCGGACAGGCAAACUACGCGCGUGUUCGAUUGGGUGACUUCUCCUUGUGGGAGCGGCAGCCGGUGCGGGUGCCGCCACUCACGUCUUGCGGUCGUCGCGAAACUGGCGGAGAGACAGAGGUGGCGGCAGCGCCGUUGCUCUCCAGGAGCUACGUAUCCAACCCCGUAGGGUCCGGUAAUACGCUACCGGGGUCGCACGGCCUGGCGGGUGGCACGUACAGAGACUUGGCCUACUAUAUGCCGAACCCCAAAGCAGCCUACCCUGGGCAUCGACGCUCGGGCAAUCUGGUGCAGCUGGUGCAGAGCUACACAGAGGUGCAAGCCAACGAAAAGGAGGGGGGUGGCAGGCGCCACAGAGACGGAUGCGAUGUGACUGAGGGCGAUGGCGAUUGCGGCGGCCAGUGGGUUAGCAGCAGCUCACGAGUGCUCUCCGAGAUUUGGAGUGCCUACGUGCGAGAGCUCCAAUCAAUGGUCCCGAUGGCUGGACCAGCUGCGCACGCUCCGCUGCCCUCCGCUCGGGAGAGCGGUGUGUGCGAGGUGCGCCUCCUCGAAAUAGCGAGGGCGCUACCCAUCGCAGCUGCGACGCACUGCCGUCACACUACGCCGUUGGUUCCUACUUCUUGUAGCGCUGAAUUGGUGCCACCCAACAGACGUUACCUGUGGCUACAGCUGACCGGCUUGGGUCUUCAUCACGCUGUUGCAUACAAUGGCGAUCAUCUGGCGGCGGUACUGAAGCAGUACUUCAGCGGUGGAGAUGGCACUGUUGCUCCGGUGGGGUCUGUCGUGCCAGGUGGUGGCGAGGCGAGAGGCGCGGCUGAGGGGCUUGCCACGUCUGUUUUGACGGAGGAGCCGCUCUGGACGACGAAGGUGCACGUGGACAUCGUGAACCUCAUGGCCACGUACCGUCCUCACGGGGCCGGUCGCUCACUAGCGGUACUGCUGCUGCCGCGUGCUUCGGUGCUUAUAAAGCUUCCAGGGACAGCUCCGGCGUCGACGGCGUCAUCGGAGGCGAAAGAGACCAUCAUACCACCUGAAGAGCUAGGGAACGUCGGCGCUGCAACAAGGUCUCCCGCGACAUCGUCGCCACCACCUGCCUCCGCCGAUUUAUCCGUUCCGCUAAAGAUGCAUGCCAAGGCGUGGCUUCAUACGUCACUGCCGCUUUACGUGUGCAAUGACUGUGACGUUGAGGCUCUUGUGCACGAGGUUAUCAACCCGGCCGAGAGUGACGACUGGGGCGUUGACCUGGAAAGCGCCGGCUUUGUGCGCCUUUGCGAGGUGGUUUCUACGGCCACCUUCUCCUCCCCGUCCUCGCGCACUGCGGAUAUGCAGGAGAGCACCGAUGACGCCGAUCUACCUAGCGUGCCCAGAUCAGCUUCGUUCUCGCCAACUCCAAACCUGUUCCUCACGGUGCGCUCUCAGGGCUUAGGCGCGUCGGGGCCGAGCGCUGACGGCGGCGGUAGCACGAGAGAGGAGAGCGGCUCUACUGACUGCGCCUACUUGGCGCCGGCUGUGUCGAUGCAUCUGCAACACGUAGAGCUGUCCGCGUUCAUGGCAAAGGAUUCCUUUGAGGUGUUCCGUGAACUUGUGGAGGCGUGGGGCUCCGGGGCUGACCUGGAGGCAACGGAGGCCCCGGCAGCGCUUGUCAUGCGCAGCGGGCCCGGCUUUGAGUGGGUGGCGGAGGAGGUGGCGCGCAGCUGCGCCCCCAUGACAUUCCGUGUGAACCCUUACCUCAUGACCAGGGAUAGAACUGCGGAAGCAGAUGCAAGUAGUAGGGGGGUUUUAACCUCUCCAUUCGGUGAGCCGAUUAUGCGCACCAUUGCGAGUGUCGAUGACUACACGUCGCACUGCCCAUUCCUGCCGUCGAACACGUCGUUGCGAUCGUCUCACGACUUCGAGUCGCCGUGGACGGUGCCGGAAAGCUCGCAGUUAGGACCUGCUGCCGGCAUUGGUGGCUUCAGCGCCUCCUACUUGGCGUGCCGGAGCAGCACGAGCGCGUACGGCUACAAUCACUGGCUCGAUGCUCUACACGCUUCGCACGGACGAGAUCCGAAGCUCUACGACACGUACCAGACACGCGCCGCCCAGCUCCUUGAUGGUGCACCGUGGGUGCCACUGCGCCAAAGCGUACACCUUGAUUCCUCGCACGCAAGCGGCGUGAGGCAAGAGGGAAAACGACGCGACGCGAGCGCCUCUCGGCCACUUGAGUUGUCUACUGAUGCCGUGCCGAAGUCCCGACGCUAUGCCGAAGUCUGGGACACCAUUUCCGUACCAAGCGACGACGAUGACAAGCUGACGGAGGAGGAAGAGAUGGCGGCAGUGGCGCCAACGCGCGGCGGCAGCGACGCACGUGGAGGGGCAUCAUUCCUGUCACCCCGGCUGCCACUACAAAGGAAGGUAGCUGCUGCUGCUGCUGCUGCUGCUGAGAUCUCCCUGUCCUCGUCUUUCUCCGAUCUGGAGGAUAUGGCGGCGUCUGGAGCCCAGCUGCGAUGGUGCAUUCUAGCGUCUGGGAAUCCUGUUGCAUCAUCGUUCUUGUCUUCGGGCGAUGCCCGACACUGCGGCGAUCAUGUCGUCUCUAAUGCCGUCGAUGGCGGCACACCCGAAGCCGCAGAGGCGAGCAUUGACCUGUUCGCUGCGUGCAACGGGCAUCCGCACUUCCUCAGCUGCUGGUCACGCGAGCGUGUCGAGGCCGCGUGGCAGAGGCGUGCCGUGCGUCUCAACCGACUCGACGGCACCGAUGACUCCCUCCUCCAUGACACCGCUGAGAAGUACCUCUACCCCCCGGUUGAGCUUGAGUUCUUCUUGAGCGAUUGCUCCCUCAACCUCAGCUUCUACGAAGGAACCGACUUGAUGUCGGCGGCCGUCCGGAGGCAGCGGCGGGGCUACCUGCAGAUCGUAUCGCGAGGUGCAAGCCUGGCGCAGGCGGCGCCGUACAUAUUCAGCGGCGACAGACGUUCAGAGCCAGCUUUGCGUGCAAUGAGCAGCAACAGCGCCAGCGCUGACCCAGGGGCGCCAGCUCAUGAUCCUUCACACACUCACGACGGGGGGAAGAAGUCCUCGAUUUCUCGUUACAGCCACUCCACAACCGUGGACACCGGCGCUACGUGGGCCUUACAUACCGUCAGUAGCGAGUCUUCGGCGUUGCGGCUAGAGCGCCUGCAAGAUCGUGGCUGUCGCAGUGGGUUUGGCGACCGGGAUGCAAACAAGCGACUUGUCCUCAGUUGCCGCGACAUCACGGUCCAGAUGGACACCUUCUCUCAAGGCUCGGAGGAAGACUUGUGGUUCCACGUCGUGGUGGGGGAGGUAACAGUGUUCGACUGCAUCAACACCAGUGAUGUUCAUCGUCUGCUGACCGCCACGCCGAAGCCACCUGCGUCGCUUGCCGCACAACAGCGGAGAGACAGCAGUGACGUACGUUUCCAUGCCGAAGUGUCUGACGUUAAGCACGGCGGCAUCGGCAUUCACAGUGGCGCAAAUGAUGCGCGACAGCUGGAACUGACUGGGCUGCUCACCUCAUCCAAGAGCGUGCUUAUGGCGGCGAGCGGAGGUAUGACGGAGACGUCUCGUGCCUCCUUCACCGUCUCCCAUUUCCAGCAGGGCGGGAGUGAGCUUUCGUUGGUGAUCCGACUGCAACCGACGUCGCUGACGUGGAGCGGCGCUUCCGUCGACUUUGUGCAGUCCUUCUUCUCUGUGUCAGCGUCGCCACCCACCUCUCCAGGCAGUAGCACAGGUGCAGCAGCAGUUGCUGCGUUGGCGCCGUCCGUGCCAGCGACCGAGGCGGGCAUCAUUUCAGGCACCGAAGCACCCCCCCUUUUCUACCGUCGUGUGGUGAUUCUGCCCACAACAUUGACCGCCGCCGGCUCCUUCGAGAGCAACAAGGGGGUUCUGGCGGCCCUGUCAGAGGGAAACUCCCUCGAUGCCUUGCGCAGCAUACCGGUAUUAUCGUGGAUAUCGCUGCAGGAGAUUCCGCUCCCGAUUCCGUUCAUACGCGUCGAGGACUGCAGCAACGUUGCCAUGCUUCUGCAGCGCAUCGUGGAGGACUCAAAUUGUGUGUCCAUUCGCUUUUUGCUGACGGCGUUUUGCUGUGGACUGCAACCGCUCUCCGCCGUGACGCGUGUGGGUGAGGCGGCAAAAGGCCUUUUGCUGCUGCCGCUUUCCAACUACCGCGGCGCGGCCUUGCAUCAUGCGAUCCGCACGGCGUCUUCUGUGUUCAUGCAGGAGCUGCUCACGCAGGCGUCAGGCAUAGCAGCGUUGCUGGCGAGUGGAUCCUAUCAUGCAAGCCGCUCGCUCCUUGAGAUACUCGUCGAGCCCCAAUAUUGUGCGCUCACCAUAGAAGAGCCGUCGCGCGCUGCCCAGCCCACCGGUGUCGCAGAUGGCUGGCGGCAGGGCCAAGAGCAGCUGCGUGUUGGACUGCAGGAGGCGCUCACCAUGGCAAGCUGCUGCACCGGGCCAGACGGGAGCCUUCUCCGCGUUCCCGCAGCGGCGUUGCGUCUUCUCAUGGGUGUGUCUGGCGCCGCAACGACAACCCUCUGGGGUGUUCGAAAUAGUCAAGGCAGUGCCUUGCGUGAGCGAGAUGGCCACAUCUACAAAAAGAAGUCUUGA